CUGAAGUUGAAGCUGGAGGCCUUAGGAUAUCGGGAAUCACAACUUCGACGGAGAAAGUUAUGAUCUAGAGGUGAAGUGGCCCAACUGUUCACAAGAAAUUCACUUGAGGAUUCAGUUAUAAAAAGAAAGGAAGUCAGUCAUCAAAAUGCCAAAAAUAUAGCUCAACUAAAAUGGAGACAUCGAGUGGGGAAUAAAGCCUUUGCUGUUAUAAGAGAAAAAAUGCGUGAAAGUAAUGAAGAUAAAGAACCUCCAACGCAGGCUGAAAUGUUCAUUGCUACUCGACAAAGUAGAAAAGGAAAGGAGUUGGAUCAAGAAACUAACCAUGCAAUAAUAAAGCUUCAAGACUUGAUUGAAAAUCAUGGACAACCUUCUUCAGAAGCUUUUGAAAGUGUAUUUGGCAAACAAAAACCUGGAAGAAUGCGUUGCCAUGGAAGAACCACAACACCGACUCUCUUAAAAAGAAAUGAAGAAAUUGCCAAACUAAAAAAAGAGCAUGCGGAUGAGGUUAGACAAUUUAAUGAUAAGAUACAAGAAAUGGAGGAGAAAUGUAUUCAAGAUAAGGAAGAAAUGGAAAGAAAAAUGCAACUGCUUCUUAAGACCAUUUUGAAACAAAACACCUCAGAGUUGAAUAUAGAGGCUCUCGUAGCUCUGAUAUCAGCUCCUGCAACUGAUGCUAACAGUGUCUUACGUUCUUCUGCAUCAACACAUGCUCCAACUAAUGAUCAAAUCAUGAAUGAUAAUAUCAAUGAAGAUUUUCAGUCAUUCGAUGAUGAAGAGACGUAGAUAUGGAGAUGUAGAUGUAGAUGUUUAAGUUUACUUUUAUAGGUUAAAGAUGUUAUUUUCAUUAUGAACAAUGAUUGACAAUAUGAAAUGUAUAUUG